UUUGAUAAUUGACAUCAUUUAACAUCCGGUUCGGGUGAAUGUGAUUGUUUACCUAAAUCUAGGCUAGGCCUACUUCUUGACAAUUUUAAAAAAAAAGUAUUCAAUAUGGUAUUUUAUUUUAUAAGCAAUGUUGUAUCACCGCCCUACACACUUUACAUGGGAUUUGAUAAAAAUGAAAAUGAAGAAUUGAUAAGAUGGGGUUGGCCUGAGGAUGUAUGGUUUCACGUUGAUAAGCUGUCAUCUGCCCACGUCUACUUGAGGUUACAUGCUGGGGAAACUAUAGAUGACAUACCUCAGGCUGUUAUAGAGGACUGUGUCCAGCUGGUCAAAGCCAACAGCAUACAAGGAAACAAACAGAAUAAUUUAGAUGUGGUCUACACAAUGUGGAGCAACUUAAAAAAAACAGCAAGCAUGGAUGUGGGACAAGUUGGUUUUCAUAAAGACAAAGAUGUAAAAAAAGUUCGGGUUGAAAAAAGAAUAAAUGAAAUAGUCAACAGGUUAAAUAAAACAAAGACAGAAGAGCAGCCUGACUUUAGAGCCUUGAGAGAAGACAGAGACAGAAAAGAAAGAGAAAAUCAACGUCGGUUACAACAGGAACAGAAACAAAAAGAAAAAGAAGACGAAAAGCGGAAACAGGAGCAAGCGGAAGUCAGAUCAUACAGUACAUUAAUGAAAUCAGAAAAUAUGCAAACAAAUAAGGACUUUGAAGGUGAUGAUGAUGAUUUUAUGUAAUACAACCCAGAAGAAGUGAAGGUGCUGCAGGAGGAGGUGUAUGACAUUAAAUAGACAAAUAAAAUUA